AUGCCUUCUGAUUUCGAGACUCUGAGAACUAAACGUAACAUCAUGCUUAGUCUCAAUGAAACCGCAUCGAUUCUCAACUACCGUUUUAACGAAAAGGACUUCACUCCGCCUGCAUCGAUUCGCAUCCCUCCCGAGGUCCGCAGUGGGCUCGAUGAUAUUCGCGUCAAAGUCAGCUUCACCAUCAUGCUCAUGAAGCAGUUGAUGCUCAUUCGCAACAACCGAUUCUUCGAGAUGUGCCCCCGAAAGGCCGGCCUCAUGUACCAGAUGCAUGUCAGCUCCAUCAAGCGCCUUCUUGAGUGGAAGGAGAUCUGGAACCAUAUCGACCCCACCCUCUCUGUCUCGACCAAGAUCCCCCGUGAAGCCCUGCGCUUCUGCGUCGACGAGCUUGCUUACUCUCGUUUCACUGCUGACUACACGGAGAAAAUUCAUAUUUUGAUGUCUGGUGCCUUCCAGGAGUGGCGUGGAGCUCGCAUGGCUACCGAUCACCUCGCCUGCCGUCUGAUGAAUCACAACAAAGAGGAGUACUGCAAGUGGCGCAAGUGGUUUGAUGGCGAGUUCACUGCUCACAUGUGGGAGUGGGAGAACUGCCUGAAUGGCCUGCUUAUGCCCACAUGGGAGGAGGUUAUUGACGAUUUGUUCUUGAUGAUUCACGAUCGUGUUGAGGAUGCCGAAGAGCUUGCUGAGACUUUCCACAUCCGCAGUCCUGACUCCCUUCGUAUGUGA